GAGAGAAGCUGCUGUGUGUGGACUGUGGCUUGCAGCUGCAAUUGUGGAAGAGCGAGAAAGCGUGCUCAUGUGAGAGAGACUUAGAGACUACCAGAGAGAGAGAGAGAAAGCAAAAGAGGGUGAGAGAGAGACAGACAGAGAUAGAGAAGGCUGAAACACAGAGAGUGAAGUAAAUAAAGAAUGCAAGAAAGACUGUACAGUGACGCAGUGCUUCUCUGUCUACUUUAGGUGUACGAAUUCUGUGGAGGCAGCGUGAUACAAGGACUAUACAUUUCCUGUCUCCUUUCAGCCGGAUUUACUCCGAAAAGGGCAUCAAUGACCAUUGGACCAUAUACUUCUCCACAAUAUUGCAGGCACUAAAGGUGGACUUUUAACAAGUGCAGUGACAAUGCAGGAGCAUCUCGCAGUCCAGCACAUGGGCACCAGGAGCACAAAGUUCUCCUAGUAGUGAGGUUUGUCCUGGGCCUCGUCCGGACUACCAUGACUGACCUCCUGGCCAACCUGAGUGUUCCAUGGGGCACACAGGCGAUUGUGUGCCCCAACCUGACAGCAGCAGCCCUGGUUGUGCCGGGGUCAGGCAAGUCUCUGGCCCCCUUCUGCACCUUCUGCUGCUGUGGCCUGCUGAACCGUACCCUGGCCGUGGUGUUUAUGGUCAGUCUGGCCUUCGCCAUAGUGGUGGGCAACGUGGUCACGCUCACCGUCUUCAUGCAGACAAGACAGGUCCGUACACCGCAGGGAUACCUCAAAGUCUCUCUGGCCAUAGCGGACAUGAUGGUUGGAGUGCUGGUGGUUCCUUUCUCUGUCUACACUGAGAUCUCUCUGAUGAUGACCAGCUCCUCUCCUGUCUGGUACCAGGGGGGCACUGACCCCUCCAUGGGGGGCCUGGUGGGACCCUGGCAGCCCUGCAUGCUGAUUGGUCCAGUCUUCGCUGGCUGUACGUUUGUCUCCAUCAGUACUAUUUUCCUGAUGACGGUAGAGCGCUGUGUGGCCAUCUUAUGGCCCCUACAUAAGGACCACCUGGUGACACGGAGACGCACCCUGUUUCUCAUCCUCUUCUCCUGGGCAGGCAGUUACCUUCUGGCCCUAGCCCCCCUCAUCCUCAGCAACAACUUCACACUGGAGUACAGUGAGUGCAGCCGGAUGUGUAACUAUGUCCCACUGUGGGAUGGAGUCACUCUGCCCUCUGACGCCAACAUCCUCCUACUGUUCCCCGUGUUUGACUUUACGCUGCUGGGCGGCACCCUGGUAUUCAACAUCCUGUCCUUCACCAGCAUCCGCCGCUACACACGCAAACGUAAGCUCAUGUCAGAGGGGAAUGUGGGGGUCGAGGGAGGGGGAGGCGGCUGCCAACAUAGACCCUCCUUCUCUGACAUCAAGGCCGCCAAGACGAUCAGCAUUCUGACGUUUGCCUUCACGGCUUCCUUCACCCCCAUCGCUGUGUUUGUGCUGGGCAACGUGGUGGGCUUCACCUGGUGCAACUUCUCCUUUGUAGCCUUCUGGAUCCUGACUGGGAACAGCUGCUGUAAUGUGAUAAUAUACAGUGUGAGAGACCAGCGCUUCAGGAAAGGAGUGACUCUGCUUUUUCAGAGGGAGCAUUCACCUACCCACGGGGAGAAAGGCGGAGCUACCCCCCCCACUCACCUUGUGACUACAACCCCACCUCCUUAAACUAUUUUGAAAAGACAACCAGUGCCCUUUUCUUUCACUUUACUAUGGAGAGAGGGGUUUAAUCAGCAUUUAACUUCAGGUUCAAAAAAAGACUUUUUUUCACUGUGUCUAAAUAAUGAAAGAUAACUGUAGCUACCCUAUGUGGGAUCUAGUAGUUGCCAGCUAUUCCCAGCAUCAUUUAAAUCAUAUGACUCAAGCUGUCUCAUUGGACUAGGUGAGAUACCUGUGGGGGAUAUCUUAAUAACAUGCACUUUAUCAUAGAGAUGUAAGUAAUGCAUGGUUUUCAUUUGUUUUGUGACCGUCCAGAAACAUGUUAAUUUUGCACAAUUUUCUCUAUAAUAGCUUUUAUUUUUGCUACAAUACCAUUAUAUUCAUGAGGAUGGCGUAAUCAAAUGUGAGUGAAUGAAUUGUAAGAAUGUUUUGAAUCUAAAUGAAGAGAGAUGUUGAUGUUUUGUACAGUUAUGGGCCAUUCGACGGGUCUGUCGUCUGUACUACACAGUAAUGCAUAAUUAUGGUUAGGAAUGUCAUUCUCUUCAAGGUGAUGUAUCCUAAAUAGGUACAGAAAGGUUUACAUAUGCAAGAUCUUCUUUUGCAUAUUUGGAUAUUAUUCUACACACGGGCUAUUAGUUUAAUGAGCUCUGCCCCCAAACAAGACCAAAUUAAAUCUGAACCAAUCAUAGAUGUCUUUGUUUCACAAGUUUAGACAUAUAAGCACAGUAGAGUACAAUACAGCACAGUACAGCACAAUACAGCACAGUAGAGUAGAGUACAAUACAGUAGAGUACAAUACAGUAGAGUAGAAAUCAGUACAGUAGAGUUCUGUACAGUACAUUCUAGUGUACUGUACAGUACUGUGCUGAACUAUACUCUACUUUUCUUUACUGUACUGUGCUGUCCAAACUGUGAUUUGUGACUACUAUUUCAAGGCACACGGCAAUGUUUCUUAAACAUACAGAAGGCAGAUACAUUUCUCCAAAUGAAAUAUGUGUUGAUAUUAGUUGUCAGGGGUCUUUACAUCAACAUUAUUGUGUUUUGAUGUAUUCUGAUGUCUUUUUCUGGUAGCUGUUUUCUAAGCCCCCUUUUCCAGAAAAUCAAAGCACUUGCUUAUUCCUAAUUUCUAGGACGGGAAAAAGGUUCAACAAUAUAUAUAGACUCUUAUUUUUCUUUUGACACCCUCCUAUUUUUUAAAUAUUUUUUUUAACCUUUAUUUAACUAGGCAUGUCAGUAAAGAACAAAUUCUUAUUUUCAAUGACGGCCUAGGAACAGUGGGUUAAACUGCCUGUUCAGGGGCAGAACGACAGAUUUGUACCUUGUCAGCUUGGGGGUUACUAGUCCAACGCUUUAACCACUAGGCUACCCUACCUAUGACCUUCACAUGUUGGUGUUCAUGGGUCCUUUCACAUAAAAUGUACCUUAUUCAUCUCAUGGAUGCCAGUGUACACACGGAAAAACGAAUAUGAAUGGUACAACAAGCAAAAAUGAAUACGAAGCAUUAUAAAUUCACUGAAAUAGACAACUAUUCAGAUGCCUUAUCUUGUGUUUUGAGAGUGAACGACCCAGAAAGACCAAAUCCGCUGUUUAAACUUUUCUGCUUAGAAGCUGUAAAGUUACACCAUUAAAGGGGCUACAUCCAUCUCUGAAUAUUCUCAUACCAUUAUAAGUAUGUUGUUUAUAAGAUUAUUAUUAUUAUUCAAGGAAAAACAUGCCCAAGAUAUUUACAGCACUUAAACAAUGUUGAUUGAAUAAAUGCAAAUCAGUUUAUUUAAAUUCAUAUCAUGUCUAACUCAAAAUGACAUGACUUAAAGUAAACAUGCUAAUAAACAUUUUGUAGCAUUUUUCAAUAAACCUCACCCAAAGAAA